AAUUUAUCUUUCUUCUUAGUGUCCCUUUAUGAUCUCAAUUAGUAGAAAAUUGUUGCAUUCUCAUAUUUUGUACCAUAAUAACAUUGAUUCAGUUGAUCCAAUGGUUGAAGCAUUGUACCAAACACUUGUUCCAACAUCAAAACUUCCUUCUAUGCAUGCUCUUUAAAAUUCUUUCAACCUUGUAACAAUGGCUUCCACCACUUUUCACAACCACACAUAAACCCUCAAACUCCACACAUAUUCUGACUAUUCUACCGUUUCAACUUUUGAACAAAACUUUCUUCUCCAUGAUUGGCCACAGUUUCUUCAAUUCUCAAUUGGGUCACAGGAUUAUUUACUAUCUUGUGUACCUUUACUCAAAAUUCAACAUAAUGGGUAAUGCAACAAAGGUGUUUGAUGAAAUGAUUGUUAGGAACAUAACCACUUGGACUACCCUCAUGAAGGGAUAUUUGCUAAAUGGUGAUCUUGAACUUGUGUUUCGUGUUGCACGUGAUAUGUGCUUGCUUGGAGAGGUUUUCAAUGAGCACACUUGCUGUGUAGUUCUGCAGCCAUGUCGAUCACUGGAAGAUCGUGUUUAUGUGAGCAGGUUCAUGCUUCUGUUAUAAAAAAUGGGGUUUAGGAGAAUGUUGUUGUGGCCACUACUGGUUUCGAUGUACUCUAGAAGGGGCCAAUUGGGUUUUGCAGAGAAAGUGUUCAGUGAUAUAAGUGUUAAAGAUGCUUAAUGCAUAAAUUAUAUGAUUUUGGAAUAUAGCACGGCAGGUUUGGGAGAUAAGACAUUUAAGAACUUUGUAGAUAUUAUAAAAUCUGGGUUGAAACUGAGUGAUUAUACCUUUACGGAUUUGAUCAGUGCGAAUGAUUCAAGUAUAGCACUUGGCAUAAGGAAACAGCUACAUGGGCUUGUAGUUAAGUAUGGUUUUACGUGUGUUAAAGCUCUUGGAAAUGCUUUAAUUACAAUGUAUGGACAUCAUAAAAUGGUCAAAGAGGCUGAGAGUUUGUUGUUGAAAUGGAUGAGAGGUCUUUGAUUUCUUGGUCUGCUGUUUUAUCGGCAUUUGUUAAGAAUGGCUAUGCUAAUAGUUCCCUUGAGUUUUUCUUAAAUAUGCUUUGAAAUGAUGUGCCACUUGAUUCUGGUUGCUUUAGCAUUGCACUUGAUGGAUGUUCAGAGUGCAAUAAUUUGGAAUUUGGGCUUCAAAUUCAUGGACUUAUAGUAAAACUUGGUUAUGUCCUCGAUAUAAGCAGUGGAACUGCUUUGGUUGAUUUGAUUGCUAAAUGCGGAAGUUUGAAGUGUGCAAGAGUGGUUUUUGACAGGAUACCAGUGAAACUAUAGCUUCAUUUAAUGCCAUUCUAGUCGGAUACUUAUACUUGAAUUCAGAAAUAAAAGAUGAAGAAGAUCCUAUGGUAUUUUUGAGUAAACUAUGAUUCAAUGGCGUUACACCAGAUCGAGUAGCAUUUUACCGGCUUCUCAGUUUCUGCAAAUGAAGCAUGCAUAGGAGCUGGGAAGAGUCUUCAUGCUUACACUUUAAAAGUGAGACUUGAUGAUGAUACUGCUGUAGGCAAUGCUAUAAUUACAAUGUAUGCUAAAUAUGGCAUGGUUAAGGAUGCUUAUGAGAUAUUUACGUGUAUGACCGCGUGAUGUGGAAUGGUGAUGGAAACACUAUUAUUUCUCUAUUUGAGGAUAUGAAGAAAAAGGGAUUUGCACCUGAUGAGACUACAAUAUUAGCUGUUCUUCAAGGAUGUUGUUGUUACUCAGGUUUAUGGGAAACCGGGUUGUGCUUAAUCAAUGAAAUGGAGACUAAAUAUGGGAUCAGACCUGUAAUCGAACACUACUCUUCUAUGAUUGAUCUUUUAGGUCGAGCGGGAAAUCUAUCCAAAGCUGUCAAUAUCAUUGACAAGAGUCCAUUUCCUGAAUCACCGUUGCUUUGGAGGACUUUUGUCAAUGCUUGUAAGCUUUGUGGCGAUUUACAAUUUGGAAUGUGGGUUUUCAAUAAAUUACUUGAUUUAGCACCCUAUGAGGCCUCUUCUUACAUGUAUCGAAUAUGUAUGCUGAAGGUGAUAUGCAAGAAGAAGCUGCAAAGGGAAAAUCCAGAACAUGACCUGAAGGAGUUCAUGCAUUAUAAUCCACGAAAAUGAAAGCAGGGUACUGGAAUGCGUUCGAUGUGGCAUCAGUUCAAGUCUAUAGACAAGCAAGGAAGCAUGAGAUUAGAGGCAUUGUUCAACAUACUGUGAAGCCAAGUAAGAUGGAUAAAAAAUAUUUGUUUCUUGAGUGGCAAUAUGCUGAGAUUUAAUAUUUGUUUCUUGAAAUGUGAGCGACUCCAUCGAUACAAGAUUGGCAAAGUCGUCAGGUUAUGGACUUAAGAGCAUCUCCAACGCAGACUCUUACUCUGAUUCUUACAGCUAAGAAUUUAUUCAUGGUGAGUAACUAAGUAUUAUCAUUGGAGAGAGAGGGAUGAGGUAGUUGCCCACAUGUAAGAAUUGUUCUUACAAGACAAGUGAUUCUUAUACAUUAAAAAAAUUGAUUUCUCCAUAUUAAUAAUAGAAAUCUUAUAAAUUAAUUUUAUCAUUUGAGCAAAGAAUUCCAAAAAUUCUGAAAUAUAAUGUGGCAUAGAAAACAAAUCCAAUUGGAUUAAAGACUCUGAAAUGGUUCACUAUUGGAGGGUCUAUGUACUAAAUGCACCAUAGGAGAAAUAUAAACUUUAAGAAUGACACCUUGAACCUUUUUGGGAGUUUGGAGGAAUGACACCUUGAACCUUUUUGGGAGUUUGGAGGGGAGGUAAGAUGAGGGCUUUGGAGAGAGAAGAGGAGAGAGAAAGAGAGAGAAAUCUCCCACUUUAUUUUAGAGAGAAUGAUAAGUGUUUAUGAUUAAUAUAUUUUUAUUAUUGAGAGUAUUAUAAAUAGAUGCAAAUAAUUUAAAGAAUUAAUUGAAAU